UGGUGGUUACAGACAAUUACAAACUCUUCGAAACAAUACAGACCGGGGAUGGACUAACGCCUAAAUCUUGUCCAAGGGCUAUUAGGCCUGAUACAGGGAACAGAACUGUUGAAGGGCAAGAAGGAAAUUGGGGUGAACAAUAAGCCAACAGACUGCAUUGCAUGGAAGGCCACAGCGCCUAGAUCCCUCAUACAACCAACCUCAGUGGUGAUCGCUCCCAAAAUAAGUGCGAAUCACAUUUUUUUUUCAUUGAGAGUAUCUUGGACCUUGGUUACCGAGACUUUCAUAAUUGCCUGGCUCUCCAUAGUUCAGUUUUCUAUGUUUUUGAUUUUUUUCUAAUUCUUUUUGAGCUGUCCCUAAUUUGCCUUGAGCUACUUGGACUAUUCCUAAUUUGCCUUUAACCGUUUGUUUUUCGCUUUAUUUUUUUUAGAUUGUUUUGGAAUGAUUCGUCGAUCCUUUCAAUGUCUUGCUAUCUUUGUUGCCGUUCUUCCUGUUCGUCAUUCGGUCGUUUGUUUUUUUGUUCCUGCAAAAUUUUCUUUAGCUGGUACCUACUCUUCCUCUGUUAUCUGUCUUUUUUUGUUUGUGUCAGUCUGUCGUUUUUUUUUUUUCCUUCCUGUUUUCCUGUAUCUGUCUUGUUUUAACGCUUAUCUCGUCCGCAUUGACCCAACUUCAAUUUUCAACAGUCGUUAUUUAUAAAUAUACGUAAUUAAUUUUACUUUUUGACAGUUCUUUAUAGUUUUUCAAAAAUGUCUUCAAAGUAUUUUGUUCUUUUUUUCCAUUUGUAUCACCAUUGCAAAUAAAAAGAUCAUAUUAAAUAAACAGUCCUCCAACUAAUAUAUCUUCGAUGGUACUGGUACUACCACCGGUUACCAUGCUUUUAGUACCACGCCGGUCAAGCUUGGCGACCAUGGUCUAGAGCAGGUAAAACAGAAACGACGUGAGGUGUGAAAUCGACCGAUAAGAGUUUUAAAAGGAUCUUCGGCUUUCAUUAGACGACGGUACUUCAUUAGUACCCGGUACGUUCAUUAGUUCGAGAGGAUUUUUUUAAAGGAAAUAGUGUAGAUAACACAGCCGUAGUUUCACAUAAUUAAAUCGAUGUGUCUUGAACGAUAGGAAUAGGAAUUAGGUGGAACAAGUUGGGACUGUAUUAGAUCGUAUUUAGAUUGGAUUAUUAAGGCACUCUGAUUUGUAUUUUCUUACCGGCGAAAUAAAUGUUAAUCGAUCCGGUAAAGGACUUUAAUUGGAGCUUUAAUAGAAUAUUUAAAAAAUUUAUCUCAUUUCUGACUAAUUAAUUAGAAUGCAAUGAAAGUAUUUCUGCUUAGAGGAAAUAUCGUAAUAAUCAUAAUAAUGAAGAACUUUGGUAAUCGGUCUUAUUUAUUACCCGUGUUUUAUUAUUUCACCAAGAACAAAUUUUCGGUACUUUUCAAAUUCAAGAUCUGGCAUGUUACAGUUACAUUCUCUCCAGCAUUUUUCUUUGCAUUUUCAAUGCGAAAAAUUGGCUUCACUUGCCAAUUAUUUUCAUAAGAAGUUUUAUAAGAAUUGAGAAACUCAUAAAUUUACUUUUGCUGACUUCAAAUAUGAAAUAAAAAUCUACUCAGCUACAAUGGAAAACCGUCACUAUCCGUCAAAUAUUGUCACUUUCAUUUAUAAGCUUCCUCUAUAUCAAUGCCAGAAAUGCGGCCAAGAUAUUAUGUGCAUAUGGGACCAAAAGUUCCAGAAAAAGUCUCCGUCUUGUGGAAAGUUACCCACAUAACCCUGUAUUUUCUCCUGCUAUGCUCAAGCGGAGUGGCUACUGCAUGCAUUUACAACAUUUUGGAUAUGUACAAAUUCCACUGCAUACUGUAUGCCAAAAUUCAUUUUGAGCAAAGCUACGAGGAGCGUGUUAAAGAAAUGAACGAAACAAAAACUCAAGAAGAACAACCAGUUAUGAUAAACAUGACUACUAACGAAAUACCAAAUGUAUCUGUGGAUUGUGUUCAAAAUCCAGAUGAUCCAGCUUGUCAGAAUAUUACAACAAUAGAACCAAAAAAGGGAAGAGAAUUGGAAACUGAAACUGAGACAAUUGUGGAUUGUAUUAAAAAUCCAAAUGAUCCAGCUUGUCAGAGUACUACAAUAAUGGAACAGAAAAAGGGGGGAGAACUGGAAACUGAAAAUGAAAAAAUUGCGGAUUGUAUUAAAAAUCCAGAUGAUCCCGCUUGUCAGCAUACUACAAUAAUGGAACAGGAAAAGGGAACAGAACUGGAAAUUGAAAAUAAAACAGAACAGGAGCCUGAUUUCCCAUCCCUCAUCAUUCCAAUCAAAUUAGACGAUGAAAAAGAAUGGAAGGUCCCAAUAAAUGAUACACCCUGGAAUGGAGUAAAUAUUACUGGAUUUUUAAACAUGAGAAAAACAAUUUUUGCUACAAUCUACUUCUGUGACUUGAUGUUAUUCGCUCCACUGGCUUCAAUCGUUCUAGCUAUAUUUCUUGGAACACUCGUAGUCGUCGGUGGUAAAGGUGGAGCUGGAAAUCCUGGAGACUUGCUGCCUAAUCCAUGGAUUUGUGUAUAUCCUUUUCUUGGAUUAUGCUGCUUCAUGACAGUUUUUAGUUUUAUAGCCGAUAGUAUUUUCCAUAAAGGAUUGGCUGCGUUUUGUUUGAGAUAUUACACGAUUACUAAACAGAGAAGUUGUUCCAAAAAAAUGGACCAAUUCAACAUCCAAUAUACACCGGACAGACUAGGACCCGCCAGACCAUUCUACAAGAAUUUCAUGAUAGGAAGUAUAGGGGUGCAAAUGACUACAGCCCUCUGGGUCAUACAGACUCUCAUCUACGUUCUUCGGAUUCUUUUUCUUGCUGAUUUCCAACUUUACUUGACCAAGAUUCAGUUGAAGGACGACAUUACAGCCAAAGAACCUCAAAUGGGCAACGUUGUUAUGGAAAUGAUUAUGGAAUCAAAAAGAAAGAAAAAUUAAUUACAAAAUAAUGUCCAUAAGUUAGGACCAGUUAGGUUUAGCAUCGUUAUUUGCAUAGAUAAAACACAUUUAUUAUAAUUAAUUAUGGUUUAUUAUAAUAUUAUACAUUAGGUUUUUUUUUCCGAAAUACAGGAUGUUCAUUAUUAUUUUACCAAGUCUCAAAAUAUAAAUGAUCACCCUGUACAUGCGAAAAGUAGAAAAUAAAAUACAUGCAUUAUUUGAUAUGUGACUUUUUUUCUUCUUUGUGAAAAUACAACAAAUUACAAUGAAAAAUCUAACAACGAAAUAUGCAUCUAAAAAAUUCGCCUAAAGGUUUAUUCGAUUUUUUUUUUCACAAUAAACGAAAAUCAAUUUAGUAACAUUGUACCGUGCGUUCUAAUGUCUAAACAUAAAUUUUUAGGAUUACGCAAAUUUAGGAACAUUUUUUGUUUGGUAGAAAAUAGACAAUUGUGCCAGUGGCAAUUCACAAUUUAUAAAUAAAAUUAAAAUAUUGACUCAUGAUAUUAUAGUAUACAAUACUGUAAUUAUUUAAAUUAUUUGGUAAUUUUUGGUACGUUAAUGCAAUAAAUUUAUAUAAAAUCAACGGUUUGAGUACAACUAAGAAAAAUUAUAAAUAAUUUUAUAUCUAUUGGAUCAUGUAUACAGGGCGCAAAUUUUCAUUUAGGUAAGUAGGUAGGUAGGUACUUCAUUACUUUAUACUAUAACUGAGGUUCUGUAAUUUAAGGAAAAUCAAAAACAAAAUAUCAACAGUUCCUUAUAAAAUGAACAGGAUGUUUGAAUAAUAUUGAAAUAAUUUUAUUCAUAAGUAUCUAGAAGGUUUUCCACCCUGUAUAGCUCACAAAGUAUUUUAUAUUAUAAUAAACUUCCAAUUUUAAUAAUUUAAAUAAACCUCAUACAGUUUUCUUCAUGACAAUUGGAUAUAAAUAGAUAUUUAGGUUAAAUUUUUCUAUAUGUAUAUUUACCUAGUUGAUGAAAAAUAAAUACACAUUUAAAACACAUAUAUAAAAGUUUUAAGCUACAUAACAAUAAUAUAAAUAUGAAAAAUUUGAAACAGAAUAUUAUUUUAUAUUUAAAUUCCAUAGAUAUUGAUUAUAAGCGUUUAAAUAUCCGGAAAAUUUAUUUUAAAAAUACAACAAUGAUAAUUUUUAAUAAAAUAUAAAUACACAUAGCUACAACUAUUUAUUAUAAAAAUAUUUGAAGCGAAUUUCAAAUAAUUGAGUAAGUGAUAAUUGUAUUUUGUUUAAUAUGUUAUUUGCGUUGUAUAUGUUUUUUUUUGUAUUUGGCACCUUAAAGUAAAUUUUCAAUGUGAGGUUUUCUAUAAAUUUUUGUCCUUAUGAACCCUAUUUUAUGCUAAAUGUACCUAUACUAAAACUAAUAAUUGAUAAUAUUGUUUUAGGGAAACAUUUAUCUAAAAAAAUAACUUUUAAAAAUAUAUAUUUUUGGUUUCUAUUUCUAUUAGGUAAUUUGAAUUAGGUUUUUUUGAAACAUUUUACUUCGAUUCCAAUGAGAAACUUCAAACUAAGUAAUCAAAUGAAAUCUUAUUUAUAAUCUAGUUAAGAGAAAAUAGAUAAUGCUCUCUGGCAACAUCAAGUGGCUCUAAAUCAUACAAACUUCAUAAAACUUUCUCGUGUAGGUACCUAUAAGCAAAGUUUAAUCGUAGUCCACUUUUCACACCACCACAUACUUGGGUCACCAAUAGUAGGCUGAAUAUUCAGACCGUCUUGGAUAAAAUUUUGUACAUAACAUAUGUGCGUGAUUCGAUCUACAAAACUACUCACUCAUCAUAAAUUACUCUCACAAUAUUAUACACAUCUAGCUCUAAAAGGGCCUAGAAAGAAUCUGCACUUUUCCCUAAAACAAAAUGUCUCAAUCCUAUCGCUACACUUACGCCUAACUUUCAGUUUUGCAUCAUAUCACAAAAAUAUAAUUCUUUCCAUAUAUUGGUGCUGUAAAAUAAUUUAAUUUUGAUAAAGUUUGACUUUUGUAUGUAGGUACUAUUAGAUUGUUUUUUUUUUACAAUUUAAAAAUGGAAAUUUUCUUCCAAUUAAUUACUAGAGAAACAUUUCAGAUAUUAUUUACAAAGGUAGUUAACUACAAUAUAGCCUAAAACAUAAAUUUUUCCUCCUUUUAGAAAAUAAAUGAAGCUACAACACACUUUUAUAAAAAGUUGGUAGGUACUUUUCUAAUUCUUUGACACUAUUCAAGUAAAUCUACUUAUUUUCGAUAAGAAGUUGAAGUUGUAAAACCAACUCCCUGGAUAACUUCAGGACAGCAACAGCAUCAUGCCUCUCAG